AUGUGACCAACCCUCUCCGGGGAAGUCACCUGACUCGUUGUGUUGCUGUUCAGGGGGAAAAAAUGGCUGCCCACCUAUCCUACGGUAGAGUGAAUUUAAACAUAUUGAGAGAAGCGGCACGAAAAGAGCUUCGAGAGUUUUUGGACAAAUGUGCAGGAAGCAAGGCCAUAGUUUGGGAUGAGUAUCUGACUGGACCGUUUGGACUAAUAGCACAAUACUCUCUUCUGAAGGAACAUGAAGUUGAAAAGAUGUUCACGCUCAAGAGCGGCCGGCUCCCCCCCGCUGACGUCAAGAACAUCAUCUUCUUCGUUCGUCCCAGAUUAGAGCUUAUGGACAUCAUUGCUGAAAACGUAAUCAGUGAGGAUAAGAUGCACUCAUCACGUGACUUCCACAUCUUGUUUGUGCCUCGGCGGAGCAUGCUGUGUGAGCAGCGGCUGAAGGAACAGGGCGUGCUGGGAUCUUUCAUGAACAUCGACGAGUAUAUCCUGGACCUGAUUCCUUAUGAUGGCGACCUGCUCUCCAUGGAGUACGAGAGCGCUUUUAGGGAGUGCUAUCUGGAAAAUGACCAAACAAGCCUGUACCACACAGCCAAAGGCCUCAUGACCUUACAGGCGCUGUAUGGCACCAUUCCACAAAUAUACGGAAAAGGAGAUUGCGCACGGCAUGUUGCCAACAUGAUGUUGAGGAUGAAGAGGGAGUUUGCGGGCACCCAGAACCAGAUUCUGCCUGUGUUCGACACUCUUCUCCUCCUGGACCGUAAUGUCGACCUGCUCACUCCUCUGGCCACGCAGCUCACCUACGAGGGCCUCAUUGACGAGAUAUAUGGAAUCAACAAUGGUUAUGUCAAGCUGCCUCCUGAGAAGUUUGCGCAGAAGAAGCAAGGUGAAGGGAGUAAAGAUUUGCCCACCGAGCCCAAGAAGCUGCAGCUGAACUCAGCAGAAGAACUGUACGCAGAAAUCCGCGACAAAAACUUCAACGCUGUCGGUGCGGCGCUCAGCAAGAAGGCCAAAAUUAUAUCGGCCGCCUUCGAGGAACGCCAUAACGCCAAAACAGUGGGAGAAAUAAAGCAGUUUGUGUCUCAGCUGCCUCACAUGCAGGCAGCACGAAGCUCGUUGGCUAACCACACUUCUAUAGCUGAGCUGAUCAAAGAUAUAACAACAUCUGAGGCCUUCUUUGACAAUCUAACAGUGGAGCAGGAGUUUAUGACCGGCGUCGACACGGACAAGGUGAACACGUACAUAGAAGACUGCAUCGCUCAGAAAGAUCCGCUGAUCAAGAUUCUGCGUCUGGUGUGUAUGCAGUCGGUGUGCAACAACGGCCUCAAGCAGAAGGUGUUAGACUACUACAAGAGGGAGAUUCUCCAGACCUAUGGCUAUGAGCACAUACUAACGCUGAACAACCUGGAGAAGGGGGGACUUCUAAAGCCACAGACAGGCUCAAGAAAUAACUACCCCACUAUCAGAAAAACCCUCAAACUGUGGAUGGAAGACGCCAACGAGCAGAACCCCAACGACAUCUCAUACGUGUACAGCGGCUACGCCCCGCUGAGCAUCCGACUGACUCAGGUCUUGGCGAGACCCGGGUGGCGCAGCAUCGAAGAGGUCCUGAAGAUGCUUCCCGGGCCACACUUUGAGGAGAGACAACAGCUUCCCUCCGGGCUCCAUAAGAAACGGCAGCAGGGGGAGAAUCGGACGACGCUGGUGUUCUUCCUCGGUGGAGUGACGUACGCAGAGAUAGCCGCUCUCCGUUUCCUCUCUCAGAUGGAAGACAGCGGGAUGGAGUACAUUAUAGCCACCACGAAACUCGUAAAUGGUACAACUUGGAUCAAAUCCCUCAUGGACAGACCCGAAUCCCAGACGGCCUGAAUCACCUGCGUUGCGCACCUGUCCACAUCAAACACGGCGCUCGUCAGAAAAACCUCAGCUGCUGUUUUUUAUGUCCGCAUCAAUGUGCUGCAGGUGUUUCAUUGAUGUCUGCGCUGCUUAAAGAGCAACAGGUCCUCGAAUGGUGCCCUGUGGCGUAUUCCUGCAAGCGAAGUCACGUAAAAGUUACAGAAUAAGGCACGUUGUGUGCAUCUGAUGGCCUUAAAUGUGUCGUACACCGCCUCCUUGUUUAAUGCCCAGACAAUACAACAUAAACCUGUAUUAAUACUACUGUCCAUUGCUGCUCUGCUUGGAUUUACAUCCCUGUGGAGCUGCUGUAUAUAUGUACUAAAACCUCUGAGAUGUUUGUGAGGAUGUCAUGUAUAAUGUCAUUAAAGAUGCACUGCAUUUUUAAAAGGUUCUUGCGAAAGUUUUUGUGUGGGUUUUCUUGGGGUUUAUAGAUGAUAAAAAGAAAAAUCUGAACUAACUAAAAUUAAUCUUGCACUACCUUAUCAUGAGUUAGAACAUUUUGUCUACUGUUUAGUUGAUGGUUAUUAUUAUUAUUAUUGUUAUUUUAAAAAAGGCAAGUUGAUUGCAAGCAGAUGAGAAGCAGGGAUGGGGGUGUAUCCGUCAGCAGCGGCUGAGCUCUCUGAAGGAGCAAUUAGCACAGUAACAGGCCACCCGAUCAGCCGAUAAUGGCCCUGUGCUGUCUGGAGAGCUCAGCCCACAGCAGCCCAUGAUUUGACAGCGCAGGACACUGAUUGAAUUAGGAGGCCAUUUGGUACAUGUUCCGGUAGAAGAUAACUGUGCUGCAGGAGGGUGCUGGAUCUCUGUAUCAGUCAAUACCUUCUCCGUGCCUGAUGCUAUAUACAUACGGAGACCUGCUGACAGCAGUCAGAUAUUUUGGUGAAGUUUGCUCAGGGUAAUCUAUAUCCAUGUCCUCCAUGUUGAUUGGCUAGAAGACCUGGAAACUGCUUUAAUUAGAAAAUACUGUAAUUUCUAGGGAAAAAAAAAAAAAAUCUUGGACAGCCGUUUCUUUCUUUCUUUAAGGAGCAGGUGUGCUGAAUACUUAACCUGCCAUUAGAUUGAUCCCAGGGGGAUUCAGAUCCUUGUGAUCAGUUUUUGCUUUUGGCUCCUCCUCUGCAAUAAGGGCUCGAAGCGCUCAAGACGGCACACACCGACUUGGACUUCAGGGCUGAAAAGCGCAGGAGCCCUCCUUCUGAUUAGCUCCUGUCCAACAACACCAAGAAUGGGUGGAGGUGAGAACAUGGGGCACCUGACUCAGCCAGGUCGCAGGCAGAAGACACAGCAGGAGCUUCUGGACGUGGAGCCCUUGUUCAUCCGCUUCCUGCGGACAUUCAAGGAAAUCCUCAAAUUUGUUCUCUUUAGCUACACUGUGCUGUUCGGCGCGUUGCUCCUAGCCAGAUGGACCACAUAUUUUAUGGUGGGAAAGUAAAACAAGAAGGACAGUUGAAGAAGCCGCUUGUUCUUGGACUUCGUCAGUGAAGCCGAUCUGGGAAACCUUCUAGGAUUUGCGGUCUAUGCAGUUCUUGUGAGACAACAAUAACAGAUGGAGCUGUCACGCUAAUUUCCCUUCUGUAAAUCCCACUUUGUAGUAGAGUUCACGGCUUUUGUGCAUUUUUUUUAAUGGUCUGAACAUGGUCUGUGUUUAGCAACCCUACAGAAAAUGUAAUUUCAAUCAAGCCAGCUUGCACUUUAUGUGUUUGUUGAGUGUGUUUAAAUGUGCUAUCUGAAUGUAGCAAAAUGACCACAAAUACCCUAUGAAACCUGUUUAUAUGCUUGUGUAGAAUAUGAUGAAGUGUAUAAAAGCAUUAAAAUUGUCUUUUCUUUGAAGAGUGAA